AUGAUUGAGAAAUCUAAUAACCCCUAUCUGACUAUAGACCCAAUAGUGGAGAGAGGCAAAUUGAAUGGAGAAGAGUUGCCACUAAUAGAUUCCAAGGAGAAAGGAAAUGUGGAUUUUACACAGAUUGUUGUGUACCUAGUUGGUUUGUCAGAUGGACUUACACACCUGGCAUCUUUAGCAAUAUAUUAUUUAUUUAAAGAUUAUUUCCGAUUAACACCAUAUCAAGUAUCACUGAUAUUGAUGUAUCCAUAUAUUCCAUUUAUUUUAAAACCAGCGAUUGCUUUAGUUACAGAUUCUGUUUCAGUAUUUGGGAUGAGAAGAAAGCCAUAUUUGUUUUUGUUUAGUCUGUUUCAGUCAUUGAAUUUUUUAGCAUUAGCAUUUUUACAUUUGUCAGUAUUCCAAGCAACCUUAAUUUUAUUUUUUAUAUCUCUAUGUGCAUCAUUCUGUACAACAGUGGCAGAAGCAUUAGUUGUUGAAAGUUCGAUUGGGAAAACAUACUCUCAAGGAACAAAUAAAGUAACUGAAUUUAUUGCAUCCAAAGCGAUAGGUAGUUUAUCAGUAGCAUAUUUUUCAGGAUAUUUUUUGGAAAGAAUGCCAAGAGAAUAUAUAUUUAUAGCUACAUCCUUAUUUCCAUUAAUCAUAUCCAUAUCUUGUUUAUUUUUAAAAGAAAAGGAAUAUGCAACUAAUAAAAAUAUAAUUAGUCAAUUACAAGAUCUUAUAAAAUUUGUCAAUACACCAAUAUUCUUAGGACCUUUUUUAUACAUUUUUGUAUACAUGUCAGGCCCAGAUUAUGAUGAUGCUUUUUUUUUCUUUUGUACAAAUAAAUUAGGAUUUAGACCAUCCUUUAUGGGAACAUUGAGACUGACAUAUGGUAUUGCUUCAUUAAUUGGAAUAAUAAUAUAUCGAUUAUUUUUAAAAAAUCAAGGAUUGAAGAAAACAUUAAUUCUUACAACACUCAUUUCUUUUCCAAUUUAUAUAUCACCUAUAAUGUUAACUGAAAAAAUAAAUACAUAUUUUGGAAUUUCAAAUGAAUUAUUUGUCUUAAGUGGAGGUUUCUUAAUAGAAGCCAUUACAGAAAUUCAACUUUUACCUCUAUUCAUUUUAACAGCAAAUAUAUGUCAACCAGGGUUAGAAGCUAGUGUUUUUGCAACUAUUUUAAGUGUUAAAAAUAUGGGUUCCUUAACUAAAAAAGGAACUUCAUCCUUUUUAACAUAUCUCUUAAAAAUUGAUAGUUACAAUUUUGAUAAUUUAAGUUUUUAUAUUUUUAUUUGUGGAUUCUGCCUUUUGUUAUCUCUCACACUGGUUCCCCUUUUGCCGGAAGAAGAAAAAAUAGACAAACUCAAAAAAUAA